AGCAGCACAACCCAGCAGCAACUGCAGCAGACACAGAUAGAGCAGGAGCACCCACCCAGGCAGACAAGACAGCAACUCAACAGGUCCCUUCCUGUCAGCAGCGGCCGCCCCAGCAGCUCCAGCAGCACCAGCAGCAGCAGCAGCAGUGUGAGGAUGGUGAGCUAUCAGAUCCGUGUAUACCAGGACUCGGAUUACCAGAGUGUGCGGGACCUGUAUGUCAGUGGUGUCCGCCAGCACUUCCCCAGGGUGUGUCGCUUUGUCCUAAAGCAGCCUGUGAUCCAGACCAGCCUCGCUGUCAGCUUGUCCUUGCUGUUGGUGCUGUGUGACUCCUUCCUGCUGUUUCUCUUCCUGCUGGCUGGGUUACUGCUCGUGGGCCGCCUGCUCCUCAAGAGACUUUGGGACCGCCUGAUCGACCAAAACCUGAGGGCCGACCUCCUGGACAUCUGGGCAUCGUACAGAGAACGGCCGGGCGCCUGUUUCUGGGUGGCACAGUGGGAUGGUGUUGUGAUCGGGACAGUCGGAGCCAUUCCAUCUGACCACUCACCCACUGACCUCGAGCUGAAACGACUGAACGUUCACCGGGAGUACCGUGGCCAGGGCAUUGCCAAGGCUCUGUGCCACACUGUCCAUGAGUUUGCUCAUCUCUCUGGCUUCACCAGCAUGGUGCUGGGCACGUCAGCCAUCCAGACAGAGGCCCAGCAACUGUAUCACAAGCUGGGCUACAGGCUGGUGGGCACCAGGCCGGUGCCACACACCUUUGCUAAACUCAUCAACUACACCAUCUACAAAUACCGCUACCAGCUCCGCCCCACCCCUGACCUCCCACAAACACAGGAAUGAUUCCCGGGAUCCCAGAGCCCCUGUCGGGAAAGGCCAUGACAAACACACCGCCUCUCAAACCCGGGACCGAUUAAACAAACCAACAUGGUUCCCAGGAUAGGACAGAUCUUGUUCAAGGAGACAGACAGAUCAACCUGUUCAUUCAAGGAAGAGGUGAUUACCACCUGCAUUAUAUUUAAUUGGGCAGACUAUCAAGCUACACGUGUCGACUUAUGUGUUUUCCAGAAUGCCGUACUAUCCUCGUGCAUCAGGGGAUCGGAACAGACACCAGGAGGCAGUAUUCCAGCUGCCGAGGACGGGCACUGAAAGGUAAAAGUUUGUUCGUUGUUCUGAUAGAUGUACAAUUGAGUUUUGAAACAGCAGAUGAUGAUAAGACACGUUCGAAGUCACCGUGCUCUGGUCACCACCCUUUUACCGAGAGCCCGAGAAUACAGGCGAUGGAAGCUCUUCCACUUGACACGUGGUCAGGGCCAAUCCUGGACAAUCCUUCUUAUUUCGCUCAGCUCCCUGGAAAACCCAACAGUCCCAGCCCUAGACGACUGACUGCGACUCCACAGUCCCCAGUGGGAGAGAAUUCCCAAAUUCACAAGGCUUCCGGGUUCAAAUGAGAUUGCCUCUCAUUCCUCGAAACUCCGGAAUAUUGGUCCAACUUAUUCAGCUCCUCAUCACAGGAUCCGACUGAAGUGAGCCUUCACUGUAACUCUUUCAGUUCAAGUCUUUAGUUUUUAUUAAAAGUGCACAAUGUUCCAAAUGCGAUCUUCACAAAACCCGAAAACUGGGCCAUUACUCCAAGCCUCUUGCAAUGGAGCGAGAGAAAGAGAGUAACGCCUUAUUUAUCAUUUCUCCCACAUACAACUGAUGCAGUGAAAAUGGGACAGCGUUCCUCCAGUACAUGGACAGCACAAUCUACACACUGGUACACCGCAUAAAGUGAAAAGCAAGUGCAGAACAGACACGUUACACUGGAAUAGAACAACCGUAAAUAAUAGACGUUGUUCCCGCAGCGAUUCGAAGUCAUGCAAAGAGUUUCAGAUGGGAAUGAGUUUGAUCAUACGGUGGUAAGGAGCCCGAUGGCCUGGAGGAAGAAACUGUUGCUGAGCCUGGCUGUGAGAGACCGGGUACUCUGGUAUCUUCUGCCAGACGGCAGGAGGGAGAAGGGUUUGAGUGAGGUGGGUGUGGGGUUGUCCACCAUGCUCUUAGCUUUUCAGAUGCAGUGUGUGGUGUAAAUGUCUGUAAUGGAGGGGGGAGAGACUGCGAUGACCCUCUCAGCUGGCCUCACUGUCCUUUUUUUUUAUUUCAAAAAUAUACUUUAUUCAUAAAA